AAUUAUUCAUCAAAACGUUUUCAGCAAGUAUUCUUUUUUGCACAUAUAUUUUAUAUAACUUCUUUAGUGCAUUGGUUAUAUAUAAAAGUGAUCAUGUUUGUGGACAAGCAAAAGGACGAAAAAAAGAAAGAAAACAAGGAAGAAAUUUCGUCGAAAGAGCCCAACAAAUUGCUAACCCCCAACUGGUAUUGGAGUCGUUAUAUAAAUAAUCAGAUUGUUCCUAGCACGGUGACCCGUAGUUUGGUGGAGAUCGCCGAUCCCCAGUUGUCAUCGCCGAUUUCCAAUAGCUCAAAACUUUAUAUUGUGGAAAGCAUUGGGCCUGAAGCCAUCGCUUCGGCAAAGGACGAGAAAAUCACAUGUCCUCCGCCGCCAGUAAUGUAUAUAAACCGAAUGGAUCCCGAUUUCGCUGACAUUUUGACCAUUGCGCGACAAGCUCGCCAGCGAAAUUUAAGCAGUGCCUUUAGCAUCGAGGGCAUUCAGCCUCAACCUACAACCCCGGACAAUGAAAGCGAGGUUUCAGUUCCAGUGCCCAAUCCACCUGUCUUGGAUCCCAUGCUCAGAGCCGGGGGCACCUCACGCGACUUUGAGGUUAUUUGGAAGCCGAUGAGUGCCAAAGUGGACGUAACCUGUGCCGAGACCAUUUUAAGGAGGGCCAAACAGCGGAUGGGUAAUAAUGAGAUCGUGUGGGAGGCGACAAAGAGGUGCUGGCACGACGACCUGGAGAUUCAGAUAGAGUCCAGGUUCUACUUCGUGAACCGUUUCCUGUUCACUUACUUUGCCCGCAAUUUCCGCGAUUUUUCGAGCCAAUGUUUGCAAAUGCCAGUGCAAAAAGUCCAGAUGGCCCUUAUAGUUCGCAUCUACGAAUGGAUGCUGAACGAGGAAAAACACUUUGCCAUUGGCAAGGAGCUGAUACCUUUCCUUGCGGCAGCCAAGUGUUUGGGCGUGAAGGAACUGAUGGAGCAGUACUGGGGCACCCUUGCGACGAAAGGAGGUUGCGGCAUUUGGGAGAUCAAUGCCUUCCACACCUACCUCAUGGCCAGGGAUUUCCGCUGCUCGGAAAUCAUGGUUGUAAUGCAGGCGCGGUUGCGAAAGUGCUUUCUGCCAGUUGUGGCUUCCUGGGAGUUUCUCGAGUUCGAUGCCAAUGAAGUGUACACUUUGCUGAACCAAGACACGCUGUGUGUCAAUAGUGAGGACGAGGUCUUCUUCGCCGCCUUUUACUGGUUGAAUUACGCCUGGGCGGAGCGCAAGAAGUACGCCGUCCAGGUGAUGCAAGCAGUGCGCUUUGGACUCGUUUCACCCUGGCUGCGCCGAUCCAUUUGCAACAGGUCCGAAAACGAUCGCAUCGGUGAGAUUGGCCAGAUGCCAGAGAUUUGCCACUUGAUCUGGGAGGGCACCCUUUUGUGUCAGGCAUUCAUUACUAAUAGACAGCGGACAAGUCAAAAAGGGCAGCCUGUUAGGGAAAUGCUAAAAGAGUUCGAAAACAAAAAAGUCACGGAGCGGUAUUGGGUGUUCUGCGAGGGCGUCUCGCACCAUCAUGAUUAUAGGUGCUCACGUUAUCGAGAGUUGACCUUUGAAAGCUUCAAGAGGUUCCUGCAUCGCCUACACUCCCACUCAACGAUCUUUCUGGAUAGCCUAAAGUUUGUGCCGAACAAAAACUGGAACACCUACCGCUGCUGUAUCGACGUCAAGUUUCGUCCUUAUUGCGAACGAAACUGUCCCAAGGCGCCCUUUUACACGAAGCAAUUGAACUUUAACAAGUGCGAAGUGCCUAGUUAAUGCAGAUCUGAAUAAUGUAUCACUAAUAAUGAAUAUAGUUUA